AUGUCCUCGACAUCCUACGUGGAUGCCAUUGUGUUGUUCGGGGACUCGCUCACCCAAACAUGUGCAAGUGGUUCCUUGUACCAGCGGAUGGCACAACAUUACGAGCGGAGAUUGGACGUCGUGAAUCGGGGCUUCAGCGGCUACAAUACUAGAUGGGCUCUGCCGGUGUUCAAGAGAGUGAUUCGAUCACAUCAGAAUCAGUCUAUUCGCCUCCUGACCCUCUGGCUAGGAGCGAACGAUUCCGUGAAUCAAGGAGAGUCCCAGCACGUUCCUCUGGAAGAAUACAAGGCCAAUUUGCGGCAGUUUAUCCAACUGGUCACAGAUCCAAAGUCGGACAAUUACCUGAAGGAUGUCAGAGUCAUCCUGAUAACGCCUCCGCCAGUCAUCGGGAAAUUUCGCCCGGACAGGGAUACGAGCAAUACCCAACUUUAUGCGCAAGCAUGCCUGGCGGUGGCAGAGGAAUUGUCGUUGCCCGCGGUCGACAUGUACACUGCUAUCCUCCAGGCGGCAGGUGGGGACACAGACGACCAACUCUCGCCAUAUUUCUAUGAUGGACUGCAUUUGACUUCCGAAGGCUAUCAAGUGCUCUUUGACCGCAUAAUGUCUGUCAUUGAGCAGCAACACCCAGAUCUGAAAGGUGUUGAGAUACCCCUUGCCGUACCCGACUGGUCCGACGUUGCGAGAUCUCAUGCAGAAUGA